AAACCCACUAAAUUCGCACCAGCUUCCCCACACCUCGCUCUCUUCCUCUCAUUCCACAAUAUUCCUCUCUCUCAACUCAACAAUUCAUUUUGUUUGAGUUCUCUACUCACUGCGUCAAAACAUGUAUCGUUUUGCAGCAAAUCUCGCCUCCAAAGCUAGUGUUGCGAGGAACAGCAGCCAACAGAUUGGGGGUAGAUUGGGAUGGAGCAGAAAUUAUGCUGCUAAAGAUAUUAGAUUUGGAGUGGAGGCUAGGGCUCUGAUGCUUAAGGGUGUUGAAGAGCUUGCUGAUGCUGUUAAAGUCACCAUGGGUCCUAAGGGGCGUAAUGUAGUUAUUGAGCAGAGCUGGGGUGCGCCCAAAGUGACAAAGGACGGUGUCACAGUUGCGAAGAGCAUUGAAUUUAAGGACAAAGUUAAGAAUAUUGGUGCUAGCCUUGUUAAACAGGUGGCAAAUGCUACUAAUGAUGUUGCUGGUGAUGGUACAACCUGUGCCACUGUCCUUACUCGUGCCAUAUUCACCGAAGGCUGCAAGUCGGUGGCAGCUGGCAUGAAUGCCAUGGAUCUAAGACGCGGCAUUACCAUGGCUGUUGAUGCUGUUGUUACAAACUUGAAAAGCAGAGCAAGGAUGAUUAGCACAUCGGAGGAGAUUGCUCAGGUUGGAACUAUUUCUGCUAAUGGAGAAAGGGAAAUCGGUGAGCUGAUUGCAAAGGCUAUGGAAAAAGUUGGAAAAGAGGGGAUCGCAGAGGAUGUGGAAAGCGAUGCACUUGCCACUCUUAUCCUUAACAAGCUCCGCGCUGGAAUCAAGGUCUGUGCAAUCAAAGCGCCUGGGUUCGGUGAGAACAGGAAAUCAGGCUUGCAGGAUCUUGCUGUUUUAACCGGUGGCCAAGUAACCAUAUCAAAGGAUGAUACUGUUAUUCUUGAUGGACUGGUGAGAAGAAAUCCAUUGAAAAAAGAUGCAGCAGUUUUUGAUUUUCCGUUUCUAGGUGGAGGUGUUGCUCUCCUCUAUGCAGCCAAAGAAUUGGAGAAGCUGCCAACAGCCAACUUCGACCAGAAGAUCGGCGUCCAAAUUAUUCAAAAUGCUUUGAAGACGCCAGUUUUCACAAUUGCAGCAAAUGCUGGUGUGGAGGGUGCCGUUGUAGUUGGCAAAUUGUUGGAAUCCGAAAAUCCUGACCUCGGAUAUGAUGCAGCUAAAGCUGAAUAUGUGGAUAUGGUAAAGGCUGGAAUCAUUGACCCAUUGAAGGUCAUUAGAACUGCCCUUGUUGAUGCUGCUAGGUAA